AUGUACAACAUGUUUGUGGUGGUAACUGGAGUAAGACAAGGGGCAGUGGCAGGACCCUUCCUGUUCAAUUUCGACAUCUAUGACACUAUACGAAGAACGGCCGAGAAAAGUCAGUUUCCUGCCGACAUUGUCUUAGCACCAUCAGGGUGCCCCUUGAUUGAUCUCGAGUACGCCGACGAUGUUGUUAUAUUCGCGGAAAGCAGUACGAAACUUCAGCAUGUUGUCAAUUUUGUACCGAAGCUGGCUGCAGCCUGUGGACUACGUCUACGCGCUGAUAAAUGCAAGCAGAUGUAG